AUGCACGGAAGCGGGCACAGUCUGACGGGCGCUCCGCAUCAGAUUCCGCCGCCACGCACGCAGGGAGCGGCCACCGGCGGCGGACAACUUUCCGCCACCGCCAAUCAGUUUGUCGACAAAAUCGAUCCGUUCCACAACAAACGCGGAACUUCGCGCAGAUUGUGAGUCAUUAUCGAAUCAAUGAAUCGAAAAAAUCUGGAAAUAUUUUUUUCAAUUUCAGGCGCAUCAACAACAGCAGUCGGUACAAUGUUGACAUGGCCCAAGAGCUCAUUCAAUUGCCACUCAUCAAAGGUAAAACACGCAUAUUUUUGCUCAAAUGUUGACUUUAUUCCGGUAAAAUACUAAUUUUUCACUCAUACUCUAAAAUUUCAACGAAUUUCUCCGCAACAUUCAAUAAAACUAUGAAUUUUUGUACAGAUACGGCGGCGAACGAGCAAGCGGCGUUGGUGAUCGAAAAGCUGGUGCAAUGCCAGCACGUGUUCGACUUUUACGACCCGGUUGCGCAGCUGAAAUGCAAAGAAAUCAAGCGAGCCGCACUCAAUGAGCUCAUCGACCACAUCACGUCGACAAAGGGCGCAAUAGUGGAGACGAUCUACCCGGCGGUCAUCAAAAUGGUCGCCAAGAACAUAUUCCGCGUGCUGCCGCCGUCGGAAAACUGCGAGUUCGAUCCUGAAGAGGACGAGCCGACGCUCGAAGUCUCGUGGCCGCACUUGCAACUCGUCUACGAGCUCUUCCUGCGCUUCCUCGAGUCGCCCGACUUCCAGGCGUCGAUCGGCAAAAAGUACAUUGAUCAGCGGUUCGUGCUCAAACUGCUCGACCUGUUCGACUCGGAGGACCCGCGCGAGCGAGACUUCCUCAAGACGGUCCUGCAUCGCAUUUACGGAAAAUUCCUCGGACUCAGAGCCUUCAUUCGCAAACACAUCAACAACAUGUUCUUGAGGUGAGCGCAAGAAAUGGCAGAAAAAGUACAUUUCAAUCAUAAAAAUGCGAUUUUUCAAGUGCAACAUUUGAAAAUUCGAUCAUUGUUCACCUGAAAUUGUUGUGGAAAAUUAAUCAAUUUGCAGAUUCGUGUACGAGACGGACUCGUUCAACGGCGUCGGCGAGCUGCUCGAGAUUCUCGGCUCGAUCAUCAACGGAUUCGCGCUGCCACUGAAGCAGGAGCACAAAGUGUUCCUCGUGAAAGUGCUCCUUCCGCUGCACAAGCCAAAAUGUCUCUCGUUGUACCAUGCUCAGGUGAGCCUUGAGCCGUGAGCACUUGGACAAGUUCUUUUGCAGCUCGCCUACUGCGUCGUGCAAUUCAUCGAAAAGGACUCGUCGCUAACUCCGCAAGUCUUCGAAGCGCUUCUCAAAUUUUGGCCGCGUACGUGCAGCAGCAAGGUGAAUUUUUUAAAACAUUUUAGUGAAGAAAAACUUGAAAAUUCAAGUUUUUCUGCCUAAAACUGGCCAAAUUACUGUGACCUAAUCGUGCUCCGUUUUCUGAAGGAGGUGAUGUUCCUGGGAGAAGUGGAGGAAAUUCUCGACAUUAUCGAGCCGGAGCAGUUCAAAAAGAUUAUCGAUCCGCUGUUCCGGCAGUUGGCCAAGUGCGUGAGCAGUCCGCAUUUCCAAGUGGCCGAAAGAGCACUCUACUUCUGGAACAACGAGUACAUAUUGUCGCUCAUCGAGGACACCAGCUCACUGGUAAGUUAUCAUCCGAUCGGAGCCUAGCUUUGUCUUGGUUCAAAGUGCUUCUCGGGAAAAUUUCAGCUUGAAAGGAUCAUCUGUGCUGGAGGUGUAUCGAUUUGAAAGGGAUUUUUGGUCUCUAGACACAAAAACGCACAAAAAUCGAUCUUUGUUUUGAUGCUUUUAGAAGAAGACGAUUUUCAACUAAAACAGCAGACUAUCUUUGUGUCUGGUCUAAAGAUCGAAAAAACCUUCACUUUUCCGUUCCAAAUCGAUACAUUUCCAGAACAGAAGCUCAUUUCAAGAUGAAACUUUCAAGGUAAACACUUUAAACCAAGACUGAUAAAGUACUUCUCUCCACGAAUUGACUCGGUUCCAGGUGAUGCCGAUAAUGUUCCCGGCGCUGUACCGAAUCUCGAAAGAGCACUGGAAUCAGACGAUAGUGGCACUCGUCUACAACGUGCUCAAAACGUUUAUGGAGAUGAACGGAAAGCUGUUCGACGAGCUGACCUCCACGUACAAGGGCGAGCGGCUGCGCGAGAAGCAGCGGGAAAAGGACCGUGACGCGUUCUGGAAGAAGAUGGAGGCGUUGGAGGCGAACCCGCCGCCCGAGGGCAAGGAAGUGACCCCAUCGCUGUUCCCCGAGAAGCUGACCGACUAUUUGAAGAAGGACGGAAGUGCGGUGCCAGUUGCACCGCCCGUUUCAGCAGCAGCCGGAGGAGGAGGAGGGGACAAAUCGCCGUCGGUGGUGAAGAAGACGUCGACGGGAUCGGAGACGAGUCCGAAUGCGAAGAAGUGA